UGGAAACAGACAACCUCACAGAGGUUGGCUGAAUUUUCGCAAAGUGAAUUUCACUUGAACAUUAGAUAUUAUUUCCCUUGUCUUACCCUUGGAUAAUGAAAGUUUCGCGUUAUUGUUGAGUCGCGUAUUCUAAAGUGGAUCAAUUCACGGCACAUUAUUCGGUGUUACUCGCUAUUUUUUGGAAAAAUAUACAGCGCUUCACAAAAAUAAGAUAUCAUGGCGGUACCCACUACCGGUGUAGUUGUACCUCGAAACUUUCGUUUACUAGAGGAAUUAGAGCAAGGUCAAAAGGGUGUAGGUGAUGGUACAAUCAGUUGGGGCCUGGAAAAUGAUGAUGACAUGACUCUCACACAUUGGACUGGAAUGAUAAUUGGACCACCUAGAACACCGUAUGAAAAUAGGAUGUAUAGUUUGAAAAUUGAUUGCGGUCAGAGAUACCCAGAUGAUGCUCCUAACGUUAGAUUUUUAAGCAGGAUCAACAUAAAUUGUAUUAACAGUACUACUGGUGCAGUUGAUAAUCGCAGUGUACCAGUAUUGGCAAAGUGGCAACGAGAAUACACAAUUAAAACAGUUCUUCAAGAGCUUCGCCGUUUGAUGACAUUGAAAGAUAAUAUGAAACUGUCUCAGCCUCCAGAAGGUAGCACUUUUUAGCCUAGCCACAUGUAAACUCAACAUCUCUUCCUUUCUGUGGUAGCA